GAUAUAUUCAGUCUACAUUAGAUAUAGUAUAGAUCUAAUAUAUUACCAUGUAAUUAAUAAUAUAUAGAUUUUAUAGAUUAUUUCUACUAUCUAGAUCAUGGAUUUGUCAUCACAGAGGCUAUUGGUUGGCAAGUGGCUGGAAGAGAUUUUUGGUCAGGAUGAAGUCCCAGAAUUUGAACUCAAUGCACAGAUCAUUCAGCAGCUGUAUCAAAUGGUCCUUAUUUCUCGUAAAAAAGACAAAAAGAUCCAAUUAGUGAUUGAUGACCUUAAUCUAAAGAUCAAUGAAUAUAAUGCAGAAGCCCAUCGUCUGUCAGAGGUAUUAUGUCGUCUAGGCCUUGGACAAAAUCAUUUGUUGAAGUCAUGUGCUAAUAAUGUGAUGAUGCUGGCAAAGCUCGGAAAUUUGUUAAAUGUAAAAGAUUCAUCUGAUACAUGUUUUUAUCUAGCCUUACAGCAUUUAGAUAAUGAACUUGAGAAAGUGAUCCAGCAAAGAAAAAUAGAAGCCAAACAUUUGGAGCAGCUUUCUGCUAAAUCCUACGGAGCUGUAUUAAAAUAUAGCUCAUUAAAAAAAGCUUUAGAGGAUGUUCAAGAAAAGGCAGAAAAAGAACAUCAAACCAAUGAAGAAAGGAAGAAUAAUACCACAUUCUUACAUGGGAAAUCUGAAAAGUAUGAGAAAGAAAUUAAUAAAUUACAAAGACAGUUAUCAAAAACAUUAGCGGAUGAAUCUGUUUUUCAUGAGAAGUUGGUUGAGAAAUCUGAAGUUCUCAAGUCUUUGCAAGCCAAGCUUUCACCAUUACAGGCAGAGCUCCAAUCAUAUCAGAGUUUACCUCCAGACUUAACAGAAACAAAAAUUAGGAUAGAACAGCUUAGAAAAGAACUGGCCACCUUGGAAAAAGAUUUGUUGGAAAGUUUGGAUGUUCAUUGCCUCUAAUGAUAUGAUCAUUCUUGGUUAUUCUUCCUGUUUAUUGAGAUGUUUUUAAGUAUUUGUAAUGUUCCUAGAUUAUUAAAUUUAAAUAAAUGCUAAUCAAUUAUAGAGAAAGUCUUUGUAAUUUC